AUGCGAGAGUAUCCCUACAGUUUGUUUGUUUGUUUUCUAUUUUUCGUCCGCAUGGACGUCAGUGCUUACUACCCUGGUGGCUUCACCCUUGCUACUUCCUAA